CGGCUUAUUCUUCUCAAACGUACGCUGGGGAGGUAGAGAGAGAGAGAGUGUCCACCUGCGCUCAUCUCAUACACAACAGGGCUAAGAGAACUCCAGCAACCACCAGUGAUCUUAGAGGAGUCCUUGGAUUACAAAAGCUUGACAGACCAUUCCAACAACACCAAGAGGCAAAGCAACAAACCAUGAAGACCAGAUUAGCCUGCCUGUCCAAUAAGUCCGACUCCUACACCGACUUCACUGAGUUCCUGCCCCCUGCUCAGGACAGGGCCACCAGAUGCCUAAAGCUGACAAAAGACGAGGUCGUUCGAUGGGCAGAUUCCUUCGAUGUUCUUCUUUCGCACAAGUAUGGCCUGGCUGCCUUCCGGGCUUUUCUCAAGACGGAGUUCAGCGACGAGAACAUUGAGUUCUGGAUGGCCUGCGAGGAAUAUAAAAAAAUCAAGACUCCCGCUAAACUGGUGACCAAAGCCAACAACAUCUACAAUGAGUUUAUCGAUGUCAAGGCUCCCAGAGAGGUAAACAUAGACUUCCGUACGCGGGAGGUGACGAGACAGAGCCUUGAGGAGCCCACCCCCUCCAGUCUGAACGAGGUCCAGGCCAGGGUCCACAGCCUCAUGGAGAAAGACUCUUACCCCCGCUUCCUCCGCUCCAAGAUCUACCAGGACUUACUCAAAACGCAGUACACACACUGUCAACGGAACUCUGUCUGAAGAACACACACAUGUGCAGCCGCAGAUACACACACGCACACUUACAUGUAAGUGAUAAUGCCCUAGAAGCCGGUGUUUAGAGGAUAUAUUGGCAUGGGUGUUGUUAGCAAACCGUGCCAAUAUAUCCUCCAAACAACAGCUUCGA